GUAAGUGGUAACUCACAUCUCUCAUUCUUCCUCUCAUUUCCUUAUUGUUGCUAACUGCUAUUGCUAUUGCUAUUGCUAUUGCUAUUGACUGAAACCCUGAUUGAUUCAAUAGCUUCGCUGAUAAAUUCGUGUUUGAUAAUCCUUGAUUUCAUUCCCGCGUUUAUUCUUCAAGACAAAACAUGAGUUAUACUAUGGAACACUUCUUGGAUCACUUGAAGGAGAAUGGAAUUGAUUUUGAGCUGUACAAGCAUCCUGUUGUUCUAACUGUGGAAGCUGCAGAAAAACAUCUUCCAAGUGAAGCAGGUGCAUUUUGCAAAAAUUUGUUUCUCAAGGAUAAAAAGCAUAGGUUUUACAUAGUUUCCGCUCUCAAGGAAACAAAAGUGGAUAUGAAAGUUCUAUCAGUGAGGCUUGGGUUGGGCAAGGGAGGCUUAAGAAUGGCACCUGAAGAAGCCUUAGGUGAAAUACUUCAGGUGCCACUUGGUUGUGUAACCCCAUUUGCACUAGUGAAUGAAUCUGCGAGGCAUGUCUCCUUGUUAUUGGAUCAAGGUUUGAAAUCUCAGAGGCGCAUUAUAUUCCACCCAUUAUCCAAUGACACAUCAAUAGCUCUAUCCACUGAUUGCCUAGACAAGUUUUUGAAAUUGCUUGGAAGAGAUCCUGCUUAUGUUGAUCUUGAGGCUAAUCCUCCUGUUGGCAAAGACCAACCUCCUGAUUUGGCUGCUUUUGCACCAUCGAGUGCCAUAGCUGUGUCGGAAUCCACUGCAAAUUCUGCUUCCACAGAAGUCAAUCUCCAAAAUAAUCAAUCUUCAAAUAGUGACAUGGCUACAGGCAAAGCUUCCAAACAACCUGUUGAGAAGAAAAAGGUCAAGAAUAAGUCUACUGAAGCUAAAUCUGCAAAUGCUGUUGCUUCCUCCACACUUUUCUCCAACCCUCAGCAUUUUGUGGAUGAGAUAUUGGAUAGAACAUCUGCUCUCAUUCUAUCUGAGGUUAAUAGCGAGACAAUAUUGAAGCACGGAGAAUCAAUUGGAGCAGUGGCUUCUGAAAGUAUCCGAAAACGUCUUUACUCAGAGCUCAGCCACCUUGCAAUGACUUUCAAGAAUACCGCUUAUACGGAAGGAUUUCAUGCUGGUAAACAUCCUCAUGGACCUAAAUUAUGAAGAGCUCAACACUAUAUGUAUGUCAUUUUGAAACAACAGCAAUCAAUUCUGAAUCCUUUUUUGGUGAGCCAGGUUUUUGUUAUGAUUUGUUAGUGUAAAAUCUAUCGGUUGAAUAUCCAAGAAUAUCCGUUAUUCAUUAAAAUAAGUUGUCAUAAGCAAACAUUUUGACUCCUGAAUACAUAGUUUGAAAUGAGAAUUGAGUUUUGUCUCAGUUGGAGCAAGUACCGUUUUCACUGACAAGAUCUUCGGUUUGAUUUUCAUCAAACCCUCCUCUCUCAGCUUACCCUGUAAUAAAAGUUUGAAAAUGAUCAUAAGAGGAAUCAUGUAUAUAAGAAUUUGCUAUGGCACCGGUUCACUUGUGGUGCUGGCUACAGAGCUUUUGUUGAAUCGUAUGUACUUGUGUGGACAAGGGUUUGUUGAAUAACAAAACAGGACAUUGGUAAAAGAA